UUUUCAGGAUCUCAAAGUGGCAUUACAACAAGCCCCAGCGCUUGGCAUUCCAAACCCCGAGAAGCCUUUUACCCUAUUCAUAGAUGAAGACCAGGGGGUAGCCAAGGGAGUCUUAUGCCAGAAACUGGGAAAUUGGCAGCAACCCGUUGCAUACUUGUCAGAGAGGCUAACCUCAACAGAACAAGGGUUGCCCCCCUGUAUGAGAGCGGUUGUGGCAGUGGCCACCCUACUCACAAAGGCAGAUAAAUUCACGUUCGGACAGGACACCACCUGUGUGACUCCACACGCAGUCCCAGCCUUACUUGACAUGAAAGGCACCUAUUUCCUAUCACAAGCAAAAAUGAGGAAGUGCCAGAUGCUGUUAUUACAUCCACGCCUGAAGUUUCAGGUUACCACAGCCCUUAACCCAGCUACCUUAUUACCGGUAGGAGAAGGUGAGGGACCGACCCAUGAUUGUGUAGAGGUCAUGGAUGAAGUGUAUUCCAGCAGGCCUGACCUUAAAGAUGAGGCAAACCCACAUUGGCCUUCAUGGUUUGUGGAUGGAAGCAGCUUUAUUGAGGCUGGACAGUGAAAGGCAGGAUAUGCAGUGGUAGCCCUGGAAAACAACGUGGUCGAGGCCAGCUCACUCCCACCGGGAACCUCAGCCCAACUGGCAGAAAUAAUGGCACUUACCAGGGCCCUGUGCCUAGCAAAAGGGCAAAAGAUCAAUAUCUAUACUGACUCAAAGUACGCUUUCCUCACCCUGCAUGCCCACGGGGCACUGUGGAAGGAACGAGGUCUGCUCACCUCCAGAGGGGGUCAAGUGGUGCACCCUCAGGCGCUCUUGGACCUUCUGGACGCUGUCUGGGAACCUGAAACAGUGGCAGUGAUACACUGUUAUGGACACAAAACUGGACCUAGUGAAGAAGCCAGGGGAAACCGCCUGGCUGACCGGGUAGCAAAGGAAGCAUCCCGGGGGUCAUCCCCAACACCUUUCAUUGGGGCCCUGGUACCAGAAGAAAUUCUGGAUAGCACCUUGAAACCAAGGUACUCUGCCCAUGAGGUGGCCACCGCAGACGCUGAGGAGCUAAGGCUCUCUAAAGAAGGAUGGUAUCUCACCCCUGAUGACCGGAUAUGGAUCCCAGGAUCAUUGUCCCGGCAAGUAAUUCAGCGGUACCAUGAGUCCACCCAUGUGGGACCUGAUGCCACGACCAAGCAGCUGGAAAAGUGUUUUUAUGUGGCCAACCUCCACCAACUGGCUGCCCAAGCUUCCAGGAAAUGCACGUUGUGCCAAAGGAACAACCCUAGAACUGGACACUUGGCUCCACCAGGAGUUCAGCACAGUGGGACGGCACCCAUGGAGGACCUCGUUGUGGACUUUACUGAAUUACCUCGGUGUGGAUUGUAUCAUUAUUUGCUUGUGGCGGUAUGUACGUACACGGAAUGGGUUGAAGCAUGGCCCACUAAGACUGAGCGGUCAUCUGAAGUCACUAGAUGUCUGCUGCGGGAAAUCAUUCCCCGCUAUGGUUUGCCCCGCUCUAUAGGAUCAGAUAAUGGCCCAGCGUUCGUGCAUUCAGUUUUACAGGAAUUAGCAAAAAUAAUGCAAAUAAACUGGAAAUUACAUACUGCAUAUAGACCCCAAAGUUCUGGGAAGGUGGAAAGAAUGAAUAGGACUUUGAAAAAUCAACUGUCCAAAUUGACCCAAGAAACAGGGUCUAAUUGGGUGUCCAUGUUGCCCUUGGCUUUGCUUAGAGUCCGUAGUCUCCCAUCGAAACGUACUCACUUGUCACCAUUUGAAGUGAUGUUUGGGAGACCGGUUCCUUAUGUGCGCAUGCUUUCACCUAUCCCUGUUCAAGAUGUGGAGUUGAAUAAUUAUGUGCAGUCACUCUCCCGAGUUUUUCUCUCUCUCAACAGGUGGGCCCAAGCUCAGACUCCUUGCAUUUUAGUCGAGCCUUUGCACCAGUUCAAGCCAGGUGACGAAGUGUGGGUGAAGGACUGGGCCCAAACCCCACUGCAACCGUGCUGGAAGGGACCCUACACUGUUCUCCUCUCUACACCCACUGCUGUGAAGGUCGCUGGCGUUACCCCUUGGGUCCACCACACUCGAGUGAAGAAAGCAGUCUCUGAUUGGACUGUGUCCCCGCAUCCCGAGGACCCCCUCCGGCUGACCAUAUCCAGGUGCCCAGCGGAUGACCGCCCUGCUAGCGUCACUCCGGACGCUGACGCUUCUACGCACGGCUGAAGAAGUGGAUGGGAGGGACGCCCGCUGGCAGCGCCCCCAACGUUCCAGAUAUUAAAACUAAACCCCCUGAAAAUCUCGUGGCCCAGACAAGGGCAGGGUCCCAGAUUAGUAUUAUUUGGUGUGCCAACACCCCUGUAGGAAUUUUGUCCCCGUGCUCUUGCCCCGUGCAGGCAGCUGUUUAUUCUUGUGGGUGUGUGGCAGUGUAUUUUUCCUCUCAACCCAUCCCCGGAGGGCUGAGACUAUCACCCACCCACCAUAGCCACAUGCACCCCACCAAUAUUGAAGGUCGAUACUGCUAUACUCUAGGCCCCAACUCUCAGUCCUGGAACUGCCCUCAUAAUGUCUGAUUAUUGGUGGGAGGAACCAUGGAACCAUUGGGCAUGGUGGGUAGGAGUAAUAUGUACCGCCCUGAUCAUCUGGAUGGUCUUUAAUUUCUGUUGGCACGAGCGCCAUAGGAUUUGUGGAAGGAAGUGAUCCCUCUCCAUCCCCUUGAUGAUCCUUCUCCUAUUUAUGGUGGGAGAAUCCACUCCCAAGGCCGAAUGCUUCCAGGCCUUAAAUCGUAAUAGCAUUCUCCUCACACAGGAAAUGAGAAGACAGGGGGCUCAGAGUCUCUAUAACAAGUGGCUUCAAUUGGCAGAAAUAGUAGCCCAUGAAGCAAAUAAAACUGCUUGUUUUGUUUGUACCCUCGGACCCUUAGAUGGAGGAGGCGGAAUGCCCAUGCUCCCCGUACCCCUCAAUCGUUCUCAGAUCCAAUAUACGUAUAGUCCGUCCAGCCCAACUCCUUAUUGGAACCAUUCAACUCCUUUACGAGUUUAUAGGAUCUCUGGGUGGUUCUGUAUUAAUCAAACCUGAGAUGCCGUUCUCAACCG